AUGAAAUAAGCUAAUAAUUCCAACUAGUUGUAAUAAUUAGACCCAAUAGAAGUGAUUGAUAAUCUAGAAACUUUAAAAAAAGUGAUUAAAUAAAAAGAUGUUUAAAUUAAAAAUAUGGAAACAGAAUUUUAAGAGAGAUUGAAUGCAUUUUAAUUAGCUGUUGCAAGAGACUAAGACGGAUUAAAAUAAGACAUAAUCUAAUUUUUAUUGAAAGACAAUGAGUAAUAAAAAAAGAUUGAAUAGCUUCAUAUAAAUUAUGAAUUAUUGCAAAAUUAAUUAGAAGAGACAUUCUUAGAAAGUAAUAAUAAAAUAAAGACCUUGCUUGACAUAAAUGACAAAAAGGAUCAUGAAAUAGAGCAACUUAAAUAGUAAAUUAAGGACACUGAAGAGAGGGUUAAUCAACUUAGAAAAAAUUCGAUUUCAAAAGACAGGAAUAUGUAUGAAACAGAAGCAGUUAUUAAUAAAAAGGUUCUUGACUUAUAAAAAAGAGAGGCUGACUUGACAUUUAAAUUAAAGCAAGCCUUAGAAAAAAAUGAGUAAUUAUCAAACUACUUUGAAAAUUAUUAAAGUGAAAAGGAAGUUAAAUUAAUUAAAUAAGUUGAGCAUCUAAAGAAGUAAAACUCUUCCUAAAUAAACAAUAUAUCAUCAAAUUAUGAGGAUUAAGUUAAAACUUCAAAAGAAGUUAUCGAACAAUUAUAAGAUCACAUUCUUAAUUAAAAAGAUAGAUUUUCUUAAAUUUAAGAUGAAAAUUAAAAAUUAAAAUGUGAAACAGAAAUAGCAAAUAAUUAUUAUCAAUUAUUGAUAGGCUUCAAGAUACAGAGUCAUUACAUGAUCAAACAAGAAAAGAAUUAUAAUAAGUAGAAGACAGUAAGAAAAUAUUAGAGAGAAAUUAUAAAUUGUAAAUAAACAAAAUUUAUUUUUAGGGAAAUCUAAGCUUUAUAAAUCUAAUUGGGGGAAGCUACAAAAUAUAUCGAUUUAACUACUAAUCUUUAAUAAAGACUGAAUCAGAAAGAUUAAAAAAUAUCACAUUUAUUAUAGGAAAAUUAAUAAUUACAAGAAUUAGUUUAAGAUUUGAGGCUCCAAGUUUCAUCUGUUGAAUAACAUUUUCAAUAGCAUGCUGAUGAAUAGAGAAAAGCUAAUAUAUUAUUAUCAAAUAAAGAAUUCGAACUUUAAACUAUUAUCGAAAGCCAAGCUCAAAAUUUUGCUGAAUAAGAAUAAAAGUUAAAAUAAGGUUUUGAAGAACUCUGGUUAGAUUACUCAAAUCUUUAAUACAAUUAUGAGUUGUUAAAGUAAAAGAGUGGAGAAGACUCAUUUAGAUUAAAAUUAUAUAAAACCAAUGACAAAAAGGCCAGUAGAGCCAUUCACGGAAGUCAAACAAGAAUGACUAUUGGUGAGAAAGAUCACUAAAACAAUUAAGAGACAAUAAAAAUAAAUGAUGAUGCCUUUUUGAAGACUCUGGAAAGCUUCUAAAAAUAGGAUUAAGCAAAACAAACUAAUAAAAGAUUAGAUCGUAAUGUUUAUGUUCGAAGAGGUUGA